AACGAGUUAGUGUUUAAAUAUCAAUAAAACAUUUAUUAAAUCUCCGAGACUAUUUCUGGGUCAUCCGCAUCGUCCUCCAGUUCGUUGUGAUGAAAAUUUACAUUGAGCGAUGUCACAUCCAUUCCCGCCUGCAUAUAUACGCAAAUGGAUGAAUCCGCUUAGGAAUGGAGCACAAAUUCCUAAGCAGACUAUGCUUGGAUCGUUGAAAUCUGACGAACAGAGCCUGGCUGUGGAGUAUGCCAUAAACAUGGGUAUUUUGGUGGUCCAAGGGAAAGGCAUGCAUAAGGCUGUGUCCUUUUGCCAGAAAGUGAAAUCGAUUCCCACCUCAUUGACGGACAGAUAUUGCUACGAGUGCAACCUGCCUGGCUCACUAAGGGGCUGCAAAUCGUGUUCGCGCUCCUUCCACGAAAGCUGUCAGCGCAAACAUCCGGAAAAACCAACGUACGGUGUGCCCUCGGACAAGGGCCAGUCGUAUAGAUUCCCACCGAAUGAAUCGGACACUGACGUCGAGACUGCCAGCCAAGAGGAGCAGACGCAGGCGGCUCUCUCGAUGGAGAACCACCAGCUGGACCACAACAGCAACAUCAACACCAGCCCUAGUUACUUCUUGCCAUCUGUGAAGUGCGAGAGUCCAGAUUGGGACGAUAAUGAUGUGUCAUUUGUCAGCGAGAAGCCAGCAGCGCGUCAGCGGAAGAAGUCCAAGGUUAAGACUGAGCCACCGAUUGUAGAGCCGGAUUCGUCUAGUGAUCUGGAGAAGUGCACAGCCUGUCGUCUGAUGACGCAGGCAAGGAUCCACCACCCCCCGCAUUUGGACAAGGAAGAACUUAGUUGCUUGCUUCGCUACUCAUGGAACAAGCACCUGAGUUGGCUGACCGCAGAUGUGGACAAGUACAUGACGAAGCAUUACAACAAUCGCGAUAGAGCGCUGGUGAGGCGCAUUCUAUUCAAGACAAAUACGCUCGGCCAGGCGGACAUUGAGCGUAGCAUUGAGGGCCAGAAGUACGAGUACUUGACGGAGUUCCUUGUCGAUUUGCUCGACCUGCAGCACAACAUUGGCGUCUUCUUUGGCCCCACGGCAAAGGAGUACAAGGAAACACGCUGGCUGUUGCGCGAUGUCACGCACGAUAUACGGGAAAUCCGGCGUUGUCCGGAUUGUUUCCGGAAUUCCAACCAGACGGAGUGCAGCAUGUGGUUUGCCAAGCCCUGCCUUCAGCGCCAUGAAGUGGUGUUUGCCAAGCAAGCCGGCUCGCCCUACUGGCCAGCAAAGGUGAUUAGCGUGUCAUCGAAAACGCCGAUUAAAUACGAUGUGCGCUUUUUUGGCACAAACCAUUUGCGUGCAUCCGUCUUGGAGAAGGAUAUUAUUCCGAUAGAGGGCGAUGUGCCAUUUAAGCAAAAAGCUAAGAUGUCUAAAGGCAUGGCCUCCGCCAUGAAAGAGUUGACAUGCCAUACUUUGCUGGCAAAAUUAUCGCCUGAUCUCUUCAGCUUUCACGCAGAUCCCGCCGACACCAAAGAGGCUAUCGAUAAAGCUCUGUCCCAUUGCCUGGAGCCUACAACCACUGCGACUCCAGGCAAGCGUGUGCGCCCCUCCUCGCCAGGCUUUAGUGGAAAAAUAAUAAAAAUUAGUGCAAGCACUCCAGCACCCACGCGUGUGAUGCCACGGCGUCGGUGCUCGAUGUCGGCUCGGCUCGCGGGUAGAGAAGAGGAAAGGAAUGAGAUAGAAGACUUGAAAUCAAAGCUUAGUAUUUGCGAAAAUCAGCUUUUGAAAAUCAAUGAAGAACUCGACUCAAUGAGAAAGAAUAUUGCCGAAAUCAAGCGCAAGCGCUGGUGCCACAAAUGUCUGCAGGAAGCGAAGUCAGACUGCUGCUUCAAUGCGUCCUAUUGCAGCGAAGAUUGUCAGCGCCGGCACAAAAAACGUCACCAGCGUAAGUGCACGGCAGAACGCUGAAGUAUGGAGAGUAUAUGAAGUCGUAAAGUAUAAAAAGUGCGUCAGAAACGCUUCAAUUUUUUUUUUUUUUACUUUAUUAUUUCUUGAGAGCUAAUAUACCUGAAAGUGUAGAUCUAAUGGAGAGUUUUAGUUAUGUAUGUACAUAUUUAAAGAUGAAUAAAUCAUAGUUAAGAUAUUAGACCUGUCGAUAGGGCCUGAAGAAGUGCCCUCCGGGUCCAAGAGUCUUGUGGCGAAAAAUUA